AUGGCGGACGAUGAACUGGAAACGUACAAACUAUGGCGGGUUCGAAAGACAAUUAUGCAGAUGUGCCAUGAUCGUGGAUAUUUGGUAACUCAGGAAGAAUUAGAUCAAACGUUAGAAAAUUUUAAAGAUACUUUUGGUGAUAAACCAAGUGAACGACACCCAUCGCGUAAUGAAUUAACUGUCUUAGUAGCACAUAACGAUGAUCCGACAGAUCAAAUGUUUGCUAUUUGUCAGCAAAUGCAAGAGCAAGCGAUAACACGGGCAAUCAUUGUCGUACAAACAGGUAUGACUCCGUCUGCCAAACAGGCAAUAGCCGAUAUGGCACCAAAAUAUACAUUAGAACAGUUUCUGGAAGCUGAACUGAUGGUUAAUAUAACGGAACACGAAUUAGUACCGGAGCAUGUUGUCAUGACCAAUGAAGAAAAGAAUGAAUUAUUGGGUCGAUAUAAAUUGAAAGAUACGCAGUUACCCCGAAUUCAGCAGAGCGAUCCGGUAGCUAGGUAUUUUGGUUUACGACGCGGACAAGUAGUCAAAAUUAUUCGACCAUCCGAAACUGCUGGAAGAUACAUUACAUAUCGACUUGUUGUAUAG